GGCCGCGGCGGUUGGGGCGGCGCCGGCGCGCAGUAUGUCGGGCGCGGGGCUGGAGAAGCCGCAGCUGAUCACGCACGUGCAGCAGUCGCUGAACUACACCGUGUUCGAGUGCAAAUGGGUGCCGUGCAGCGCGCGCCUCCUCUGCCUCGGCAGCGUCCCGCGCGGCACCGGCGUCAUCCAGCUCUACGAGCUGCAGAGCGGCCGCCUCAGCCUGCUGCGCGAGAUUGAAAAGGCCAAACCUAUUAAAUGUGGAACUUUUGGUGCUACAUCGCUACAGCAGAGAUAUCUAGCUACUGGGGACUUUGGUGGAAACCUUAAUAUAUGGAACUUGGAAGCUCCAGAGAUUCCAGUAUACUCUGUGAAGGGCCAUAAAGAAAUCAUAAAUAGUAUAGAUGGUGUAGGUGGCUUAGGGAUUGGAGAAGGAGCACCAGAAAUUGUGACUGGGAGCCGAGAUGGAACCGUGAAAGUGUGGGACCCAAGACAAAAAGAUACACCUGUUGCUAAUAUGGAACCAGUACAAGGCGAGAGCAAGAGAGACUGCUGGACGGUAGCAUUUGGCAAUGCCUACAAUCAAGAGGAGCGUGUUGUGUGUGCUGGCUAUGACAAUGGUGACAUUAAAUUAUUUGACCUAAAAACCAUGUCAUUGCGAUGGGAGACCAACAUUAAGAAUGGGGUUUGCAGUGUGGAGUUUGACAGGAAAGAUAUAAAUAUGAAUAAAUUAGUGGCCACAUCGCUCGAAGGAAAGUUUCAUGUUUUUGAUAUGAGAACUCAGCAUCCAACCAAAGGUUUUGCCUCCAUUUCAGAGAAGGCUCACAAAUCCACCAUGUGGCAAGUUCGGCACCUGCCACAGAACAGGGAUAUCUUUAUCACUAGUGGAGGAGCUGGGAGCCUUCAUCUCUGGAAAUAUGAGUACCCUGCUCAGCGCUCAAAGAAGGAUUCUGAAGGAGUUGAGAUGGGGGUUGCAGGUUCAGUCAGUCUCUUACAGAAUGUGACUUUGUCAACACAGCCCAUUUCUAGCCUUGAUUGGAGCCCUGACAAAAGGGGUCUGUGUGUCUGCAGUGCUUUUGACCAGACUGUGAGGGUACUGAUAGUUACGAAGCUCAGCAAGAUUUGACAAAAAACGGAUUUUCAGGACGAAAGCGACAUAGUUUGAGGGGUGUAUAUAAAAGAGACUUUGUUAUUUAUAACUUGAAUGUCUCCUUUAACAAAGCUGGUUUAAAGAAUUAAAAAACAGAUCUUUCUAUUGAAAGUUCAGAUAAAUUGAGUUACAGUUGUUUGACUACAUACUAUGCUGCUGUUAGUUGGAAAAAGUUGCCUAGGCUUAACUUUUUUACCUUCUAAUGUAAAUUUACCUUUAAAAUAAAAUGUGCCUUCUGCUUAGUGUGUUUAAAAUAUCUGCAAGUUCAGAAAUUAUUUUAAACUGUAUCUUCUCAAUGUAAAUUGCUUUUUUUCUUCAGUAGCACUAAUCUGUUCACUCUUGUUAAAUUGUUUGCUUUGUAUGUUUUUAUCAUAUAUUUUUCCAUUCUUAGUUAUUAGGGAAACUAUCCUAUGAUCCAUCCUAGAAAAUACAUUGAAGGGACAGUAAAUUUCUCUGACCUUACUUGACCAUAUUUGGCAGUGUGUGUUUGUUAAAGUGACUCAGAUUACUUCAAUACAUUUAAACACUUAUUUAAAAACUGAGGAUUUUUAAACUGAGGAUUUCAGAUUUCAAACAUGUUUAAUGAAUGACCCUUUUCAUGGAGAUGGUAUUGUAAUUAAGAUGUUCAGCAAAAUUAGCAGUUUUUGUUAUGGAUCACUUUAUAUUCUUCUGUUCAUUUUUAACUAAUUUGUUACACACUAUCCUACAAUAAAAAUGUGUCGUGUGUU